AAACAAGCCUUCAAAAACCAGAAUUUUCCUUCUCUCCACCGAGAUUUUAAGUGGCUCUGCUCUUCUCUCCAUCUCAGAUCCAAUUGACGAAAAAUCCAAGAGAGAAAAUCUCCGCCAUGAAAAAGGAAUACAAAGAGGUCGACGUGGGGCAGGGCGAGUUGUACUCGCCAGAAUACGCCAUCAAGAUCUCCACAGAAAACCCUAAUAAUUCGGAGGAAAAAUCAGAGGGAAUCGAAUCGACGAAGAUGAAGAAGGGGAUGGUGGUGGGGCUGAAGAAUUUGUCGGCGGUGAAGGAUAAGGUUAUUGAGAAACUGGCGGCGGCCGCCGUGCCGUCUGAGACGCUGGAAAACGCCAGGCAGUUUUUGGAGGGGGUGGUGAGGGAGGUGGCGACGACGGCGCACGGGCUAACGAAGGACGCGUUGCACAGGAUUAAAACCCACCUCGUCGAUAUCCUCCCUUCUCUUUCCCCUGUCCUCACUAGAAAGAUGGUGGAUGAUGCGGAGAAGGAAGCCGACGGAGAGGCAGGCUCCAACAAAGAAGAAGAAGGAGGAGGAGGAGGAGGAAGCAACUCCAAGGAACAUCGUCACCCAUUUGUCUCUCCGACAUCCUCGUUUUUCGGAUCUCUUGCAAAGCCUUUCUCGAGGCUUUAGGGUAUUUUUAACGCACGAAUAAUACAAACUGUUUAUCCAUGCAGAACGACAUAAUAACACCGUUUGAUACAAGUACAAGAUGGCAAACCUGCGACCGAUCUCAGGCUUUUUUUUUCUUUACACGAACACAAUGUUUUCUGAUUCUCUCUCUUUUUUUAAUUUACAGAUUCAUGAUGAUGCGUGCAGUAUUCUGAUGAACAUUUUACUCAUAAGAAGCAAAAUGUAAAAUAAUUGCCAAAAUCGUGUAUAUAUAAUUAAAAGCGAAAUACAACAUAACCAAAAAAGCGAGAGGGAGGAACAAAAUAUGACGUGAAGGCCCUCCUCCUCCCUCUGUUACUUUCCUUGCAAGAAACGUAAUUUGUGAGGACCCCCCGACUUUUAGGUUAAACUCUGCCACCAGAAGAAUGGCGUUUUACACAUACACAAUGCAUCAGAUUACCAAAAAAAAAAAAAAAAAGGGAA